ACUUCCAACUUCACCACACUCCCAUCCAUGGCUUCUCCAUCACCACUUCUCCUCCUCCUCCUCCUCCUCAUCUUCAUCAUCUCCGCCGCCGCCAUACCCUACCCCAAAGAAGCCCUCCCCACCAAAUCCGGCUACCUAACCGUCAACUCGAGCAGCGGCUCCGCCAUGUUCUACACAUACUACGAAGCCCAAACCCCUCCCCCAAACACACCAAUUUCCCAAACCCCAAUCUUGAUCUGGCUCCAAGGCGGCCCGGGCUGCUCCUCAAUGCUCGCCAACUUGUUCGAGCUCGGCCCGUGGCUCGUAAACCAACAAGUCAAGCUGGAGCCCAAUCCAAGCUCUUGGAACAAGCUCUUUGGCCUACUUUUCAUUGACAACCCCAUUGGCACCGGCUUCAGCAUAGCUGCUACACCUGAUGAAAUACCUCGCGACCAAAACGCCGUCGCUAAGCACCUCUUCGACGCGAUCACCAAGUUCAUAUCCCUCGACAAGUCGUUCAAAACCCGGCCCAUCUACCUCACCGGAGAGAGCUACGCCGGCAAAUACCUCCCGGCAUUAGGCUACUACAUUCUCAAGAAAAAUGCAAUAUUGCCUCGCGGAGAGAGGCUCAACCUGGCCGGCGUAGCCAUCGGAAACGGCCUCACCGACCCGGAGAUCCAAGUCCAAGACCACGCCAUCACCGCCUUCCAUUUCGGACUGAUCAACGAGAAGCAAGCAGCCCUUCUGGAAAAGAAGCAGCUACAGACUGUUGCAUUGAUCAAGAAUCGAAAAUGGAGCGACGCAGCGGAUUCGAGAGCAGAUGUGCUGGCGACGCUGACCAACAUGACGGGCCUGGCCACGCUCUACAACGUCAGGAGGCUGAGCCCCUACCCGAACAGGGUGGUGGUGAGCUUCCUCAACGACGCCGAGGUGAAGCGGGCGCUGCGCGUGAGAGAUAACAUGACGUUUGUGCUGUGCAGCAGCGCGGUGGCGGCCGCGCUGCACGAGGACAUAAUGAAGAGCGUGAGGCCCAUGAUGGAGUUCGUGGUGAAGAGGACUAAGGUGCUGCUGUAUCAGGGGCAGGUCGACCUCAGGGACGGCGUCGUUUCGACGUCGGUCUGGGUGAAGGAGAUGAGGUGGGAGGGGAUCAAAGGCUUCUUGGAGGCCGAGAGGGAGGUGUGGAGGGUGGGUGGGUUGGUAGCAGGGUAUGUGCAGAGGUGGGAGAGAUUUAGCAAUGUUGUGGUGUUGAAUGCAGGGCAUCUUGUGCCUACCGAUGAGCCUAUCAAUUCACAAGUUAUGAUCCAAGAUUGGGUGUUGGAGAAGGGCUUGUUUGGUGGUGUUAAGAAAGAUUGAGAUGGGCUUUGAUUGGAACAGUAAAUGAAGGGAUUUGUUAGUCCAUUUUAGGUUAUAACUAUGUCUAUGUGGGAGACAUCCAUAAGUGGUGGAUGUUGGUAGCUAAUGUGGAAGACAUCAAUAAGAAGAGUGAAUUUUUCGGCCCGUUUUGUGGGAUUUGUUUGUGAUGUCAAAUUGUAUUUUACUUCUUUUUAAUUAAUGGAUUUGCAGUUGUUGAAUA